CGCGGGCGUUCCCUCGCCUCGGCGCGCUGGACUGUCGACGAGCAGCCGAAGAGUGGACGAACGAGUUGCUUAACAGGCAUGGCUCGGACGGCGCGCUGGCUGCAGCGCGAGCUGGGCCCCUGCCUCCUCCACCUCUCCGAGAUCUGCGGCUGCGAGAUCGUGCUGGCGGGCCAUUCCCUCGGCGCGGGCGUCGCCGCCCUCCUCGCCGCCCUCCUCCUCCCCCGCCUCCCCGCCCUCCGCUGCGUCGGCUUCGCGACGCCGUCGUGCGCCGCGGGCGAGGCAAGUUGGGCCCGUUCACAGCUGGAGGUGUGAAGAGACGCUGUUCACAGGUGCGCCGCGGGGGAACGUCUGCUCGCGUCGCUGCGCGCGUGCAGCGUCUCACUCGUGCACCGCAACGACGCGGUGCCGCGCGCGACGCUGCAGUCGGCGAGCUUUCUUUUCGGCGCUGCACGCUCGGCUGAGCCACAUCGCCGGCUAUCCUCGCAAUGGCUCUCCGAUAGGUGAGCACUCUCUUCGACGAGCUCGCCGCCUUCACCGACUGGAAGGAGGACCUGCAGGCGGACUGGCAGAGCGUCCUAGACCGCGCAAAAUCGCUCUGGGCGCCACGCAUUCGCUCGCAGCCUUCGCCGCCUCCUCCGCCACCCGCUGGGGCGGCGGCGGAGGCGGUGGAGGCGGCAGCGGCGGCGGCGGAGGCGGCGGAGGCGGCGGCGGCGGCGGAGGCGGAGGCGGCGGCGGAGGCGGCGG